AUGAGUGCGAAGAUCGGCAUGGCUCGGUGGUUCGGCUGGGUCGACACAGCUCGCGCCUUCCUCCCAAUGUGGCACCGCCGCUUGCUCACAUUGACGUUCAUGUGCAUGCUCACUGGCACGUUGGACACAGGCAAAGCGUUGUCGAUGCUCGGUCGUGUUGCUACCGAACAGAAGUCAAAGUACGACGAGGAUGUUAAAAAAACUGCAACCUCCCACGAACCAGAUGAUGUUGCAAAAUUGCGCAGGGCAGCCCAGAAUGCAGCACACCUGGCGUGCAUCUGCCUUGGCGACCAAUCGUUGCUCGAGAAUUGCCGCAUCAUUGUGACUACCAUGGGGCCUCUCAGGCAAUGGCACACAGAGCAGUCGACAACACUGCGAUCCACAAAGGACGCGAAGGAUUGGUACAUCCAACAGUCCAGGGGGCAGCAAAUGGUGGUGAUGAAGGACUUGUGGUGCACUCUUCGUGUUGACGGCGCCCUGGAGAAGUGCGGCAUUGGCGUGUGGGGCCCGGGCGUGAUCCCAGAGCACGCCGACGUGGAGAGCUUGGAAAUCAUGAACGAUUCCAGGUUGGCUGAGAUUCUCGGUCGCCUUGUCGUCAGCACCGUUGCGCGCAGAUUGCCCGCGCAGCUCUGGCAUUCUCACGGCAUCCCGGGCUGUUUUCCUCUCUUGCUGGUGGCUGAAAGCAGGGGCGAUACAAUUAGUCGCAUCAGGAAGCAGUACGAGGCUUGGAAGGAUUGCGGGCGAUUUACUACUAAAGCAUGGAAAGAUAUACUCGACAGGAGCCCCUUCAACACAGUAUUUGUGGAAAAGGUCGUUGCGCUUCUGGAGAACGCGGGUUGGGCUUGGUCCGAUGAGGCAGAGCAGGCAGUUUCAGAAGCGUUCAGCACAGCAGGCUCCAGUAAGGGUGUCGAGGACGCUUUCCACGGCUACAGGAUUUCAGAGGGCAAAAGUGUUUCUCGAGCGCUGGCACGCCAAAAGGCAUGGAUGACCCCCCGGUUUCUAAGUUGUUGA